AUGCAUCACUAUGUUGUUCCGUAUAGAAGACGCAGCUUGAGAUUGUCCCUUGUCGUAUUCUCAGUUGUUAACUGUCUUGUCCUGGCGUACAUGUUUUGUUCGUCAAUGCUGCACACUCUGAUAUUAGCACAAGUAUGUGUUAGCUAUUAUAGAAUAAGGAGCCCCGUGCAGAACAACGAAUCAAUUAACAUUUCUAAUCAGGAAACAAUUUCACGAAUAGCAUCUUCCUUAGAAACAAAUUUGCAAGUUCUGAAAUCAGGAAGUAAUCCAAAAGUCCAAAUUGUUUUGCCAAACACGUUAGGACAUUUUAAUCAUGUCCCCCACACAAAAAACAGAGACCUAAUUAGUUAUUAUUUCAAGCCUCGACUUGAGCCCAAAACAGUGAUACUGAUCAUCAAGAUUUUGAAAGCAUUUGACUCGGUUAUGAACAAAAGAGGACUUGAAUACUUGCUCUACAGCGGGACCCUGCUUGGCUCAUACAGACAUCAUGGGAUUAUACCCUGGGAUGAUGACAUCGACGUUGUGGUUCCGCUGAAGGUCAGCGCAGUUUUACAUCACGCCUUGAAGGAUUUAGAACCGGAAUACAGCUACAUCGCUCGCAGCAUACCAUGUUGGAAGCUUUUCUCUGCCUAUGGACAUUCUUUCGCAGACUACAAAUGGAAAUGGCCAUUCGUAGAUAUAUUCUUCUAUGAUAAAAAUGACACCCAUAUUUGGACUAUGCACUCAAAAGUGACAGAUAGGUUCAUCAUGCCACUUAACAUAGUAUUGCCAGUUAGACGACGUCCCUUCAUGGGUUUGCUGUUACCUGGCCCUCAUAAUCCCAGCGCUGUUCUGGCUAGAAGGUAUGAUAUUAAUGUCUGUCAUACGGGCUACUGGAUUCACAAGCUAGAGUUGGACAACGAGAAGAUAUACCAGGUGCCUUGCUCUUUACUCCACUCAAGGUUCCCCUUGGUUCGGCGAAAGUUCAUCAACGGAGGAUGCAAUGAAACACUGGUGCAAAAUGGCCGUGUCCUCAGUUAUUUUUUCGACAAAAAUAUAAUCUGUUAG